AUGGGUCUGUACAAUGACGCAGCAUACGAUAAGGACGCAGAGAAGUACAUUAAUGCUGUGGUAGUCAAACUGAAGCUCAAGCCUGGGGUCAAGCCUACCCGACAGAUAUAUCGUACGGAGGACCUUGUCCUCCAACAAGUAGAAACGGAAAAUGUACUGCAUUCUAUGUUGCAGGAAAGACAGAGGAGGGAGAUGUCUAUAGUGAGUGGGUUAGUUCAGUCCGGAUUCUGUGGAGGAACCUCCACAAGGAACCCACGUGUGUCAAAGACUACCGCAUGA